AUGGGGAUCCGCUUCUCCAGCAUCCCCACGCUGCCCCGCGGAGGGCAGGGCCGUCUGCACCGCGCCCGCCACCACCACCUCAAAGAUUCCAUAGGUGGGUCAUUUUCAACUUCCUCCCACCGAUGCCACCACAAGCAGAAGCACUGUCUCCCCAUCUCACAGUGUGGAACUCUGUCCAUCAGCCCUCUGCUUUUCCAUCCUCACACAAAGGGAUCCCAGAUCAUCAUGGACACGACACAGAAGGCAGUGAAGCGCCAGGCUAGUUUCUGCAAUGCCAUCACCUUCAGCAACAGGCCCAUUGUAAUUUAUGAACAAGUCAGGCUUAAGAUCACUAAAAAGCAGUGUUGCUGGAGCGGAGCUCUGCGACUUGGAUUUACUUCCAAGGAUCCAUCGAGGAUUAACCCUGACACUCUGCCGAAGUACGCCUGCCCUGAUUUGGUUUCCCAAAGUGGUUUUUGGGCCAAGGCUCUGCCAGAAGAGUUUGCAAACGAGGGAAACAUCAUAGCCUUCUGGGUGGACAAGAAGGGACGGGUUUUUUAUCGGGUGAACGACUCCACUGCAAUGCUCUUCUUCAGCGGGGUGAGGACGGCAGAGCCCCUCUGGGCUUUGAUUGAUGUCUACGGACUCACCCGCGGAGUGCAGCUCUUAGACAGUGAGAUCAUUCCUCCUGACUGCCUGCGGCCACGCUCCUUCACCGCUAUCCGCCGGCCCUCGCUGCGGCGGGAGACAGAGGACACACGCCUCUCCGUCAGCCUCUGCGACCUCAACCUGCAGGAGGAGACCUUCCAUGUGACGGCCACCACCUGCCCCAUCCCGCAGAACUCCCUCAACUCCCAGCAUUCCCACCUUCUCCCCUCCCAGCUGGAGAGUGACCUCCGCUUCCACCAUCUCCGAGGACCCCACGUCAAAAUACUCGAUGACCAAACUGUGGCCCGUCUGGAACACGCCCGGGAGGAGAGGACUUUGGUUUUCACCAGCAGACCUCUUCGGAUCAACGAAACCAUUUUUGUUAAAAUCAACAAGUCCAACGCCGUGCGCAUGGGGACACUGUCCUACGGGGUCACGUCCUGUGACCCCAGCACCUUGCGCCCCAGCGACCUCCCCUAUAACCCCGAGUCCUUGGUGGACCGAAAGGAGUUCUGGGCGAUCUGCCGAGUCGUGGUGCCCCUCCAGAGUGGAGACAUCCUGGGAUUUAUGGUGAAUACGGAUGGUGAGCUGCAUUUGAGUCACAACGGCGCCAGCACUGGCAUGCAGGUCUGCGUGGACUGUUCCCAGCCCCUCUGGAUGUUCUUCGUUUUACAUGGUGCCGUCAUGCAGAUUCGAUUGUUGGGUUCCACCAUAUUAGCCGAGCGGCUGGGACUGUCCACACCAAGCUCGCCCACAUCGACCCCCAAUUCUCCCACUGUCCUCUGCAGCGGUGUCUCUGACCCCAUUUUGUCUACAUGUGGCUCUGGCCCCCUCUGCAGCUCUAUCAGUGGCACAGCUCCCAACUCUCCAAUCAGCUUGCCUGAGUCACCCAUCUCCCCAUCCAUCUCAGGGCCCUGGGGAGAUGAAUGCACCAUCUGCUACGAGAACAUGGUAGACACCGUCAUUUACUCCUGUGGACACAUGUGUCUCUGCUAUUCAUGUGGGUUGAAGCUCAAGAAGAUGGCCAACGCUUGCUGCCCCAUCUGCAGACGAGCCAUCAAAGAUAUCAUCAAAACAUACCGCAGCACUUAG